GGCGUUAGGACUCAGGGGAAAUCUCUCGUCUCUGUCUCUCUCCCCCUCCCCCUGCUUUCCCUCCCCCUUCUUCAAUCAGUUUGUGCUACUCAUCAGAUCAGGAUAGCAGCUCCAGCUCGGAGAUACAUCUCCAACUCUCUGAUGUACCAAUGCAGGGGAUAUUUGCCAGGCACACAGAGAGACAGCUGCACUGCUAUAGCGGGGAGGGAAUGUGAACUCCAAUAAAGAAUGAAUCGGAUUGCCACUAUUGUCUUUCUGGUGCAGCUGUUGCAAAAAGCAGAGGGGCAGGUCUUCCCAGGUGGUUGUUCCUUUGAUGAACACUACAGUAACUGUGGUUAUAGCGUGGCACUGGGGACCAAUGGAUUUACCUGGGAGCAGCUCAACACAUGGGAAAAGCCAACUAUGGAUCCAGCUGUCCCGACUGGUUCCUUCAUGAUGGUGAAUAGCUCUGGACGGGCAUCUGGGCAGAAGGCUCACUUGCUGUUGCCCACCUUGAAGGAAAAUGACACUCACUGCAUCGACUUUCAUUACUACCUGUCUAGCAGAGACCGCUCCAGCCCUGGCUCGUUGAAUGUCUACGUGAAGGUUAACGGUGGACCACAGGGAAACCCCAUCUGGAAUGUGUCAGGGAUUGUUACUGAAGGUUGGGUGAAGGCCGAGCUUGCCAUCAGUACAUUCUGGCCACACUUUUAUCAGGUGAUAUUUGAAUCCGUGUCUUUGAAGGGACAUCCGGGGUACAUAGCUGUGGAUGAAGUCAGAGUCCUUGCCCAUCCAUGCAGAAAAGCGCCUCACUUCUUGCGGCUGCAGAAUGUGGAGGUUAACGUGGGACAGAAUGCAACAUUCCAGUGCAUCGCCGGGGGGAAGUGGUCUCAGCACGACAAACUCUGGCUCCAGCAGUGGAAUGGAAGGGACACCGCGUUAAUGGUCACCAGGGUGGUCAACCACAGACGGUUUUCUGCUACAGUCAGCGUAGCAGACACGUCUCAGCGCAGCAUCAGCAAAUAUCGGUGUGUCAUUCGCUCGGAUGGUGGCUCUGGCGUUUCAAACUAUGCAGAAUUAAUUGUGAAAGAACCUCCGACGCCCAUUGCACCCCCUGAACUGCUGGCUGUCGGCGCCACCUAUCUGUGGAUCAAACCCAACGCCAAUUCUAUCAUUGGAGAUGGGCCUAUAAUACUGAAGGAGGUGGAGUACCGGACAACCACUGGGAACUGGGCAGAAACACACAUCGUAGACUCCCCAAAUUACAAACUGUGGCACCUGGACCCAGAUGUGGAAUAUGAGAUCAGAGUGCUCCUCACCCGCCCUGGUGAAGGGGGCACAGGGCCACCUGGGCCUCCACUCACAACAAGAACAAAAUGUGCAGAUCCAGUCCAUGGACCGCAGAGUGUGGAAGUCGUUGACAUUCGCUCCCGGCAGCUGACCUUGCAAUGGGAGCCCUUUGGUUAUGCGGUGACCCGUUGCCACAGCUACAACCUAACAGUCCAGUACCAGUAUGUGUUUAACCAGCAGAAGUACGAGGCAGAGGAACUCAUCCAGACAUCCUCACAUUAUACCUUGCGAGGCCUUCGGCCCUUCAUGACCAUCCGGUUGAGGCUAGCACUUUCUAAUCCAGAGGGCAAAAUGGAAAGCGAGGAGCUGGUAGUACAGACUGAAGAGGAUGUUCCUGGGCCUGUUCCCCUAGAAUCUAUCCAAGGAGGACCCUUUGAAGAAAAAAUCUAUGUUCAGUGGAAGCCUCCAAAUGAGACCAAUGGUAUCAUUACACUCUAUGAGAUUACAUACAAGGCUGUUGGGUCCUUGGAUCCCAGUGCUGACUUGUCCAGCCAGAGGGGAAAGAUCUUCAAACUAAGAAAUGAAACUCACCACCUCUUUGUAGGGUUAUAUCCAGGGACUACCUAUUCGUUCACCAUCAAAGCCAGCACAGUGAAGGGCUUCGGACCUCCCAUCACAACACGGAUCGCAACUAAGAUUUCAGCACCAUCUAUGCCUGAAUACGACACGGACUCCCCCUUGAAUGAAACUGACACGACCAUCACAGUCAUGUUGAAGCCUGCUCAGUCCCGUGGAGCACCUGUCAGUGUCUAUCAGCUUGUUGUCAAGGAAGAGAGGCUGCAGAAAGCACGGAGGGCUGCAGACAUCAUUGAGUGCUUCUCUGUUCCAGUGAGCUACAGGAAUGCUUCCAGCCUUGACUCACCCCAUUACUUUGCGGCCGAGCUGAAGCCCGUCAAUCUGCCCGUCACGCAGCCCUUUACGGUGGGCGACAACAAGACCUACAAUGGCUAUUGGAAUGCUCCACUCUCACCACUGAAAAGCUACAGCAUCUACUUCCAGGCUCUCAGCAAAGCGAACGGAGAGACCAAAAUCAACUGUGUCCGACUGGCGACAAAAGGAGCUUCCACCCAGAAUUCCAAUGCAGUGGAGCCCGAAAAGCAAGCUGACAACACAGUGAAAAUGGCUGGGGUUAUAGCUGGCCUUCUGAUGUUUGUUAUUAUCCUCUUAGGAGCAAUGCUCACCAUCAAAAGGAGAAGAAAUGCAUAUUCCUACUCCUAUUACUUGAAACUAGCGAAGAAGCAGAAGGAGACUCAAAGCAGCACUCAGAGAGAGAUGGGUCCCGUUGCUACUUCAGACAAGAACACCACCAAACUCAGUGCAGUUCACAACGAAGAAGCUUUUUCUUCCAGCUGUCAAGAUGUUAAUGGAUUCACAUCAUCCUCUCCUUGUUCAUUUUCUGUCCAAAGCAAAACCCUUCAGAGCAAAUCUUUGUUGAAUUCCUACUACUCAGUAUCAUCAGACACUGUUCCAUCGACUGCACUGCUAGAGAGCAGCCAUGUGGAGAUGACCCAGCCAACUCUGACCAUCCAGACCCAUCCGUACAGGAGCUGUGAGCCAGUGGAAAUGUCCUAUCCCAGGGGGCAGUUCCAGCCAGCCAUCCGAGUGGCCGACUUGCUACAGCAUAUCACCCAGAUGAAACGAGGACAGGGCUAUGGAUUUAAAGAGGAGUAUGAGGCUCUACCCGAGGGGCAGACGGCAUCUUGGGAUACAGCCAAGGAAGAUGAAAACCGCAAUAAGAAUAGAUAUGGGAACAUCAUUUCCUAUGAUCAUUCAAGAGUGAGACUGCAGCUGUUGGAUGGAGACCCUCACUCAGACUACAUAAACGCCAACUACAUAGAUGGAUACCACCGGCCUCGUCACUACGUUGCAACUCAAGGUCCCAUGCAAGAGACGGUUAAGGAUUUCUGGAGAAUGAUUUGGCAGGAGAAUUCUGCAAGUGUUGUCAUGGUCACCAACCUGGUGGAAGUUGGCAGGGUGAAAUGUGUUAGAUACUGGCCAGAUGACACAGAGGUCUAUGGAGAUAUUAAAGUCACAUUAAUUGAGACAGAGCCAUUGGCAGAGUACGUCAUACGCACUUUUACUGUACAAAAGAAAGGCUACCAUGAGAUCCGAGAGAUUCGGCAGUUCCACUUUACCAGCUGGCCAGACCACGGGGUUCCUUGCUAUGCCACAGGCCUCUUGGGCUUUGUUCGGCAGGUGAAGUUCCUCAAUCCACCUGAGGCGGGGCCUAUAGUUGUGCACUGCAGCGCUGGUGCUGGAAGGACAGGGUGCUUUAUUGCCAUUGACAUCAUGCUUGACAUGGCAGAGAAUGAAGGUGUCGUAGACAUAUUUAACUGCGUGCGAGAGCUACGAUCCCAGAGGGUCAAUUUGGUACAGACAGAGGAGCAGUACGUCUUUGUACAUGAUGCCAUUCUAGAGGCAUGUCUUUGUGGCAACACAGCAAUUCCGGUUUGUGAGUUCCGAUCCAUAUAUUACAAUAUCAGCCGACUGGAUCCACAGACAAAUUCCAGCCAGAUAAAAGAUGAAUUUCAGACCCUCAACAUUGUGACGCCGCGUGUUCGGCCAGAAGACUGCAGCAUUGGCCUCUUGCCAAGAAACCAUGACAAAAAUCGCUGCAUGGAUGUGCUGCCCUUGGACCGGUGCCUCCCUUUCCUUAUCUCUGUGGAUGGCGAAUCAAGCAACUACAUCAACGCUGCACUCAUGGAUAGCCACAAGCAACCUGCUGCCUUUAUUGUUACCCAGCACCCUUUACCCAACACUGUACCAGAUUUCUGGAGGCUGGUGUUUGAUUACAACUGCUCCUCCAUAGUGAUGCUGAACGAGAUGGAUGCUGCACAGCUCUGCAUGCAGUAUUGGCCAGAGAAAACGUCCUGUUGUUAUGGUCCAAUCCAGGUGGAGUUUGUUUCAGCAGACAUUGAUGAGGAUAUCAUCAAUAGGAUAUUCCGUAUCUGCAACAUGGCCAGGCCCCAGGAUGGAUAUCGUAUAGUACAGCAUUUGCAGUACAUUGGCUGGCCAGCAUAUCGGGACACCCCUCCGUCCAAACGCUCGCUCCUGAAGGCGGUCAGACGGCUAGAGAAAUGGCAGGAGCAGUAUGAUGGGAGAGAUGGACGCACUGUUGUCCACUGCCUGAAUGGCGGUGGCCGCAGUGGCACCUUCUGUGCCAUCUGCAGCGUGUGCGAAAUGAUUCAGCAGCAAAAUAUCAUUGACGUGUUCCACAUAGUGAAGACAUUACGGAAUAACAAAUCCAAUAUGGUGGAGUCACUGGAACAAUAUAAAUUUGUAUACGAGGUUGCACUGGAAUACUUGUGUUCGUUUUAGCCUAGCAGAGAGGGGGGCCUACUGGAUUCCAAACCCCCAAGGCUGAAGAACACUUUUUUUCCCACACUAAAAGGCAGUAAUGGGUGUGGGGAGGGCCAGACUCUCCACAUUGAAGCAAGGGACAGAGUGUACUGACCUCAAUGCCAUUGGGAGGACGAGGUGAUCCCUGUGUUUGCUGCUGCCUGCUUUCUAUCGGAGCAUCUACCGCUUCUUAAAUAACCUAGCAUACAAGUUGGCUAAACAAGAGACGGGCUGGAAGACUCUGCUUUCUAAUCCCCUCCAACCUCUUCUCUACCACUUUGGAUGUGUAUUUUUGCUCUCCUUGAUACAAAGGAAAAAAAUACUGGAUGUUCUGUCUUUUAAACAGCUCCUUUUUCUGUUCUCAAAUCCCACCCUUUAAUUUUUGAAUUUCAUGCAUCAGCCAUUUGGAAAAAUGAGAGAACCACAGGGAACAUGUGAGACUUUGGGUUACAAUUAAUCCACCUGACCUAUUUUUUGCCAGCGAAAAUGCUAUCAACAAGAAGUUGACAUUCUCUUCCCCUGCCUCCUGUUCUCCCUAGACAUAAGACUAGGUGGUGGAACUGGGAAGCUGUUCAUGGAUUCGCUGCACCAACUACUGCUACACAAGCUUUUCCUUCCAGAUCCUGCUUGACGUCCAAGACUGUGCGUGAACUGGUUCCAUCUCUCUGAUUUUUGUUCGUGUCCCGGCUGGUGAAGAAAAUCAUUUUAAAAAAAAACAGGGUUUCACAGCCAUUUGAUCAAACAAACCCUCCACCAAACCAAUUGCGUUUGGUUUGUAAGUCCGGUGAUUUUUUACCACAUUUUUCAAGCAUUUGCUGGGGUGCAGUGUCUCUUUACAAAGAAGAGCAUAGAGUAGAUAUGUUGAUGAUGAUGAUAUACUCUAGACAAUUAUUAUUUAUAUUUCUGUAGGACCUAGGAGACCUAGUCAUGGACCAGGCUCUCAUUGUGCCAGGUACAGACACAGAACAGAAAGAUAAUCCCUUCCUCUGAGUUUACACUCUAAGCGUAUGUCUCCAAUGCAGCGUUAUUCUGCGUGUUUACCUGAGUUUUAGCCCAGCCCCUCUCCCCACCAUCCACACAGGAAAACUUCUGAUCUGAUUAUGGAAAGACUUUAAAUCCAGGCUAGCUGACCCAGCUGGGGAUGUGGAUUAGAGUGCAGGGUCCUCUUUAACUCUAUCCAGAACCUGAUCACUUUGCAGUGAGGAUGGAGGUUAAAUCACUUAUGUGCUGAUAGCCCUCCAAUGCCCUGCCCACAAUUGCUCCCUAAGGACAGGAAGAUCUUCCGCAGUUGACUGGGAAAGAAUCUUAGAGCAUCUCAAAACAAAUAACAUGGGAUAUGCCUCCAGGCACACCUGGGCGAGUGCAGAAGCAGCGAGGACACACUAGCAUGGGUAGAUCUUUGUAGUGGGGAUGCUCGCACCUGGGUUAACUGUGCAUUGUAGACAUAGCCACCGUAUGAUUUUAAUUUGGGGAUUGACUAAGCUCUCUAUGCUGUCUGUUCCCAAACUGUUGUACAAUCAGACCUAAUUGCAUGAUUAUCCAACUCUCCAGGCCAUGAGAUUUCUAAAUGGUAACCCAUUCAGGCUGUAUGAAAGGUUAUGCACAUUAAACACAAAACUAGUUUGUUGUUUGCUGGGUUUGUGAAAAGGUAAGAAAAAUGUUUCAGCAGCACAGGAAACUUUACAUCACAAGCAAAAAGGUAUUUGCUUUGCUCUGCAAAAAUUUCUGCAUUAAAAUUUCCAUUAAUUCUUUGAAACAAGCCCUGGGUAUGUGUUGCCUUAGCCUGUAGCCCAGUCUUAUCUCUUUGUAGCUAAAGAAAAGUGUGUUAACUGGUUAAUCAGAAAAAGGUUGGAUUUUAAUCUCAGAGUGUAAAUUGAUUUUGAUGAACCAGAUCUUUCAGUAUUCAGGAUUUUUAUUUAUUUAGCUAUCUAUCUUAAGACAGCAGAGAUAAGGUGGCUGUCUGCAUUUGGCUAGAUUCUGGGAAAUGCAGGCUUUUUAAAAUCUAGACUUUCCAUCAAAGCUUGACUGAAGAAAAGAGUUUAACAAAACUGUAACUCCUCAUCCUUCAACAUAGUUUUCCCACCCUUUUGUCAGUACCCAGAUCCUUCAACCCCAGAGCCUGUGGUUUGACCCUGUGUUGCAUUGAUUUUCCACAUGUGGAAAGCAGUGUAACUAUGUCUAGCUUCAGCUUUCAGUCACUGGAUUGCAUUAUACCUUUGUCAAUCAAGCAGACAAAGGUAUAACACAGUCCAAUGGCUGGAAGGUGAUGUUAGACAAAUUCAGACUGGAAAUAAAGUGUAAAUUUUUAACAGUGAAGAUAAUUAACCAUUAGAACGAUUUAUCCAAGGUAUGGUGGGUUUUCCAUCGCUGGCCAUUUUUAAAUCAUGAUUGGAUUUGCUGUAGUUCAAAGAGAAUUAUUUUGGGGGAAGUUCUGUGGCCAGACUCGAUGAUCACCAGGGCUCUUUCUGGCCUCAGAAUCUAUGAAUCAGUAUUAGUUUUCUUUAAAAAUAUAUUACCAUGUAUCUUAGUUCAGAAGGCACUCUUGCGUAGUUGCCACUCUUUAGAUCUCCCACGUUAUCAAGAGACUUUGCAUUUUAGGCUUGUCUUUACAAGUGAGUGUCCUGAAAUAAGGUAGCAAGUAAGUCCAAUUUUGUCCCUGAUGUACCCUGCAUGCUGUACAAUACCUGUGUCCACCCACACCCAUUCCCUUGUGCCCUUUUUGGGCUGGUUCCUUCUAUUGUUUGCAACAAAAACCCAAGAUGAUGUUGUGUAACUGUAGAGGAGUGUUUCGUGCGUGUGUGCCAUUUGAUGAAAACAGAACUUCUCUUUUUGCCACCCUCCAUGCACAGAAUCCUGAAAGACACUAAGAAGAGCGGAGAAACUGUUGUGCAGGGACUGAAAAGGCAGGUAUGAAAAUGAGUGGUUAGAUGACAGGUAGCGUGUUGUAACUAUGUGGUGCAACAAGUGUGCUGCUAACUUCUACGUGCACGGAGGAGGAAAGGAAGCACCACACAGCAGGCCAGGAUUUUUCUCCAAUUGCCAAAAUUAAGUUAGGCUUUGUCUAAAUUGGCACCUUCACCGCUAAAACUUUUGUCGCUCAGGGGCGUGAAAAAACACCCCUCUGAACGACCAAAGUUUUAGCGACGAAAAGCGCCAGUGUGGCCAGCGCUUCGUCAGUGGGAGACGUGCUCCUGUCGACGAAGUACUGCCCCUCAUUGGGGGUGGUUUUAUUUUGUCUCCAGGAGAGCUCUCUCCUGGCAAUAAAGAGCGGCAAAACAGCACACCUUACGGUGGCAUGACUGCAGCGGCACAGCCGCACCAUUGUAAGAGUCGCAGCGUCGACGUUGCCUUAGUGUCGGUUCAUUCAGUCCGGAAAGUUAAAGGGAAUCAAAUCCCUUGCAAAGAAAAAGUGCUGUGUGUUUGACCACAGUUCACUCAUCUUCAGCCAGGCUAUUUAAAAAGAAUUGCUUUCUCUUCCUUGAAUUAUUCCUGUUCGGGGGCCUUGGUUGUGUGUUUGUUGGUUUGGUUUUAUUGUUAUUAUUAUUUUGUUAAUCCUUUCAUAAUGUAAGUUUUCUUAAGACCCGAUCACUGCUUACAAUGAAGUUAUGAUCUUGAAAAUGUCACCUAGUAUUCAGUGUGUGUGCUAUAGUUGUACGUGGAAAUUCACAAGAACAUACUAGCAAUUAAGGUCUCUGUCUGAAUCAGAAAUAGGACACACUGGAUAAUAGUUCAAACAAAAAGGGGCAGAAAGGUGGGCAAUGAGAUCUGUCAGUGACAGAAAGGAAGAUAAACAGGAAUGUGAGAAGCGGGGGCAGCUCCAGGCUUAGGGGUAGCAUGAAAAAAAGUGGAUAAAUAGACAAAAGUAGCAGCUACAAAGGAGGCUUGGGUGGAGAGAAGUAGGUGUCAGACUUGAGAACAGAGCAUAGAUGGGAGUAGAGUUGUGUAAGGCCUCAAAGGUACAGGUUGGAGUUCAUUGACUUGGUACUCAACAGAUGACUCAAUCUAAAUAGAUGAAAGAAGUGACGGGAAUUGUGUAGAGGGACAGGGGGAUGAAACAGUACCAGCCAAGGUACAGCAUAAAGUUGCUUAUUAAAUCCUAUUUGAAAUAGUGUAUGCAGUCCUGGUCACCAUACCAUAGGAAGCUAUUGCUGCCUUAGAGAGUGCAGCACACAGCAAAAAAGAUACCACCAGGUUAGAAGAAUGUAAAUAUGAGUUAAGGUUAUCGGAGCUGGGUUUAUUCUUCUUGGAGAAAAAUAGAAGGUUUGAAGUGAGCUAACAGAGGCUUUAUCAAUCCUGAAAAGGAUUGCCUUUAGUAAGGCUUUUGAUAUAGUCCCCAAUGACAUUCUCAUAAGCAAGCUAGGGAAAUAUGGACUAAAUAUAACUACUAUAGGAUGGGUGCAUAACUGGCUGAAAGACCGUUCUCAAGGAGUAGUCCUCAGUGGUUCACUGUGAAACUCUAGUGGGGUGCUGCAAGGAUCUGUCCUGGGUACAGCACUAUUCAGUACUUUCACUGAUGACUUGGAUGAUGGAGUGGAGGGUAUCCUUAUAAAAUUUGCAGAUGUCACCAGCCUUGGAGGGGUUACUAGCACUUUGGAGACAAGGAUAAGAAUUCAAAAUUAUUUUGAUAAAUUGGAGAAUUGGGCUGAAAUCAGCAAGAUAAAAUUCAAUAAAGACAAGUGCAAAGUACUGUAAUUAGCAAGGAAAAAUCAAAUGCACACAUACAAAACUGGGGAAUAACUAGCAAGGCAACAGUAGCACAGAACAGGAUCUGGGGGGUGUAGUGGACUGUGUGACAAUAGUGUGAUGCUGUUGUGAAAAAGGCAAAUCCUAUUCUGGGAUGUAUUAGUGUAAUAUAUAAGAUACAGGUGGUAAUUCUGCUCUGUGUGGCACCGGUGAAGCCCCAGCAGGAGUACUGUUCACGUUUUGGGCACCAUAUUCAAGAAAAAUGUGGAGAAAGGGGAGAUAGUCCAAAGUAAAGCAACAAACUGAUAGGACAUUUAGAAAGCAUGACUUAAAAGGUUGAAAGAAUUGGGCAUGUUCACUUUAGAGAAUAGAAGUUUGGGGGGGCAUCAUAAGUCUUCAAAUGUGUAAAAGAGGGAUGGUGAUCGAUUGGUUUCCAUGUUCACUGAGGGUAGGACAAGAAGUAAUUGGCUUUGCAGCAAGGGAGAUUCAGGUUAGAGAUCAGGAAAA